AUGUGUCCCAUGUUCCCCGACCGCGCCGUCCGCCGCGACGACGGCGUCUACGGCCGGUUCACCAAGCACUACCUCAGCCGCCACGGGCACUGCGACCCGGAGCGCGAGCAGGUCUUCGUGGUGGUGGAGGUGGCGCAGGAGCUGAUGGACCGACACGACUGGCCCUUCUACGUGGAGCAGCUGCAGCUGGAGAUCGAGGGCGAGCGCCUCAGCAAGCCCACCGCGGAGGCCGUGUUCGCGCGCAUCCAGUGCGCGGGCGUCGUGCGCCACUACAAGGAGUGCGUCGGCGCGGAGCGCGUCACGGGGCCCGGCAUCCUCGCCGUGCAGAUCGAGGGCCGCGCUGAGCACCGCCUGUCGGACGACCUCUGGCUGCUGCACGACUGGUAUGAGAAUACCGUGAUGCCGUACUGGGGCCAUGCGCCGCUGCCCGUGCCCGUCGAUGGGUCGGCGGAGUGUUAUCCGUACUUGCGGUGUCCGUGGUGGUAG